UCGCAAAAUUAUCGACACAAGCGAUGGGUUUUCUCUCCAGCUUGGACUCCGCUAAACAUCACUUGCUCCCUGCGUGCGGCCACAUCACAAACGCAUCCGGUGUACCUCCUGAGACCACAUUUUAAGAGAUUUAUUCAUUUUAUUUUACUGUCCAUCGACUAUUCUGACCGACCGUGACUAUGUUAUUAUUUUCCCUAACCGCUAUUACAGCGGUCCUUGCUGUCAGCGCAGUGCCGACGCCUUCGAACAACAAAGAUGGCAGUACCAUCAGUGAACUGCCAGAAAAUUGGGAUCAAACAAAAGAUGAUAACCGAUCUCUCUUCUUGAACAAGAGUGACAAAAACGAUUUGGAACCUUACCCGCUUGCCCUCAGCGAAGAAGGAAAUCAAGAUGGCUAUGACCAAACGGUUGACCAACGCUUCGACUCACCACAGUCCAAUGGAGAACUCGAUAAUCUUAUCAUGAGGCCUGAACUUUAUGGCGAACCACCGGCAAUGGAAGGACUCGCUUCUGCAUUCGACUUACAACGACGUAAGAGAGGAAGCGGCACAAAAGUAGGCGGGGCCGGUGCUGCCACUAAAGUCGUUACGAAAUCUGGAUCGGGCAAGAAAAACCUCAAGCCAGAAGAUCAAGCCGCUCUGUCACCAAUCGAUUUAAUGACUCAACAUGAAGCUCAACGCCGUAAGCGUGGCAGCGGUACUAAGGUGGGCGGAGCUGCUGCUUCUGCCAAGACCGCCACAAAAAAUUCCGGUGGAAAUAAGAAGAACUUUAGGCCGAUUUCAGAACGACGCAAACGAGACUCGGGUUUGAGCGCCGCUGACGUGCGAGCUCUGUUGAAUCUUUGGGAAGCUCAGGAACGCCGAAAGCAAGAGUAUGCAAACCAAUUCGCCGCCGAUAGAUAUUAUGGUCGUGUAAAUCCAGAUGAGGAACAACCUGAAGUUGAUGAAAAUGGCGAUUUGUGGUACAACGAGCCCGUCGUUAUCGGGCCGCAUGAUCGCGACUACCCGCAUCACUCCUACUUCUCCGAACAAAACCGAAUGGCGCUUGCUCGUGGCUAUCCUGACCUAUAUCAAGUCGGACCGAAUGAGUUGGCGCAGAGGUACGAGGAAGCCCGUCGCAAGAGGCAAUACGCUAACAAGAUGAAACGAUUCAUGGUGGCCAAAAAGCGUUCGGACAACAUGAUGCACCAGAACAACUACCGCCCGCGCGACGACUUGUACACCCUUGCUGAGCUACUCCGCUCUGCACCACGAGUACAGGAACAAGAUAUUCCAGUGUACCGGCGACUGAUACUUUAAACGGUCUCUCCAGAUCUUGCGUUCAUACGGAACAGCCUGUGCAUACCCUGUCUCAAUACUACAUAAAGAAUAUUUCAAUAUGCCUUUCAUUGCAUAAAACUAGAACGACAAGGUAAUCCACGGGCGUGUAAUUUUCGCGUGAACGUGUAGAAGAGCGUUUAGUAUGGGAGAGAGAUUGUCGUGCAUUUAAUUCGCAGUCUGUAGCGGAUACCUAACCAGUUAGUCAUAGUUAAAUAGCAUAUUAAAAUAUUUACAGUUACUAAUAUAUUGUUUAAAUUUACAAUAAACAACGUAUUUUUAAUGGCCUAAAUAGAAAAAAAAUCGUAGUUAAUAUCUAAAAAAAAGCCAUUCGAGUUACUUUUUAUCCUUAAUUUAAAUGUAUUGCGCGCAAAAGAGCUUUUUAUGUUACAUAUUCAUCAUUUAUCAAUUAUUAUUGAAAUUUAGAUUUCUAUAUAUCUGAAUACACAUUAAUAUCACAUAACAAUAAAUUCAAAGUAUUUCUUUAAUCUUUUCGAAUAUCUAGUUUUACGACGAAGUGUAACUUCUGAUUUUAAUAUCUUGUUAAUGUAUGUGUAUAUUAUGGUAAACUUGCUGUAUUAAAUUUAGUAUUAUCUGUCUUAAUA